ACGCGCUCUCAAGGUUGGGAGCAUCCCGUGCGCGUGUGUAAGCUGCGAUGGCACCGCGGCGGACAGGCGAGAGAUCGCGCCGCGCGAGCAGCGCUUUAGUGGUUCACUGGCUGUAAUCAUAACCGCUGUUUACGAGGAGCUCCCGUUUUGAUGUGACAGCUCCUCUCUCGCGCAGUUCCUUUCUUUCCUCGAGCCGUGAACGGAUGUCCACCAUGUUCGCACUGACCCCACCUGGAUGUGCUUACACUGUUGGACCUCGACGGAAUGAGCAGUUGAGACUGAGAGGAGCAUUUUAGGAUACCGCUACACUUGGGAAAGAAUAACACGUCUUCUCCGGGAAAAGGAAACGGCUCCACGUUUUUUUAAUUAAAGUGGACGUCUAACGUCAGGGCUUUGCCGGUUCUGUUUGGCAACUCUCCUGUACCUUAGAUCGCUUCUCUGAUCGCUUCUGUUCCUCUGAAGCCAACACGGAGGAGGAGGAACACUGGUCUUCCCAGAGGUGGUGUUUUCAACUUUGAACGGCGUGACGGUCACGUUUGGUCAGUAUAGGUUAUACUUUGGCGGUGGCAUGUUGGUCAGUCUCUUCUUUGUCUGUGCUGGUUCAAGGUAUCCACGGUACAGCUUGUGAGAAGCCGAGACGGGACUCGACUCUGAGGGAGAAAGUAUAGAAAAUGUUUGGUCUCUUCGUAAGGGCGAUGCCGUCGGUGUUCACACAAUAAUGCACGGACAAAAACAAGCACAUCGUCUCGUCUGCCAAACCUAUUUUCACCUAAAAUAGACUGAAAGCUCCUAACACCUCUGGACGACGACGACACUCGAAAAAGAAGAGAAAACAACCACCCCUCUCCUCUCUUCUCCCCCCUCCCCCCCUUCCACAUCGUCCUGCUCCACCCCGGCCAAGCCCCGCCCCCCCUCCUCUUGAGCAAUCAACACCGGUUUAAAAGAUCCUCCUGUUUGUCCGUUUUUUUCCACACUCCUCCCCACCUCCCCAUUUCCCCUUCACCCCUUCAAGCCCCAUCAUCCUCCCCGUUGCCAUGGAGAAUCUCAGCGAGCUGCAGAACCCCUUGCUGGACAAGAACAGCAAGCAUGUGGUCAACGGCUAUGGGGGUGACUUCCCCAACCACCAGUACCAGGAGAACAUCAUCAAUUACUUUGUCAAGGGAGGAGUGGGCGGAGUCGGCGCCGGGGGAGGAGGUGGUGGAGGAGGAGGAGGAGGAGGAGGAGGUGGAGGAGGAGGUGGAGGAGGAGGUGGAGGAGGAGGCAAGACAAAGUCCCAGCAGCUGCUGGACGCCACCUCGCUGCACCUGGCCGUGGAGGCCUUCUACCGGCCCAGCUUCAUCCUCUACAAGGAGGACAAGGAGGAUAAGGAGGCGGCGGCCCGGGAGCACAAGAGCAGCGAGUGCUGCGAGACCACCUUCACGGAGAAGGGCAAGGCAGGGGAGUCCCCCGCCGCAGAGGAGCCCGGGGCCAAGCUGCUGCUCCUGCAGCAGGCCGAGGACGGCGAGCACGUCAAGAUCCAGACCGUCUCCUACGAGGUGGAGGAGGAGGAGUACGUAGAGUAUGAGACGGACUGCUCCAGCGAUAGCGAGAGUGAAGAUAACUUCAUAGUGGUCCCUCCCCGAGACCACCUGGGCCUGGCUAUCUUCUCCAUGCUCUGCUGCUUCUGGCCUCUGGGGAUAGCAGCCUUCUACUUCUCACAGGGGACCAGCAAGGCAGUGAACAAAGGAGACUUCCCCAUGGCCCACAUUGCAUCCCGCCGGGCCCUGUUCCUGGCCGCCCUCUCCAUCACCAUCGGCACCGGCGUCUACGUGGGCGUGGUAGUGGCGCUCAUUGCCUACCUCUCCAAACCGGGCCACAUAUAGCGGCAGCGGCGGCGGCGGCGGCAGCAGAUGACGAAGACGGCGGCAACCCCAUUUUUUUUUUUUUGCGGUACACCAGAAAAGCACGACGGCUUUGUCGGCCUCGUCUUCGUCGCCUCGUUCUACCACUGUGCUGAAGAACCAUGGGAGAGGGCGAGAGAGGGGGGGAGGGGGGGGGGGGGUGUGCCGGGACGGGCGGCCCAUCGGGUCGGCUCCAUCACCGCUGAGCAUUUUCGUUCAUUUCUUUUGGGUUGCAAAGGUUGAACCCCGACCAUCCCCCCCCCCCCAGCACCCCAUCCCGCGGGCCCCUCCCGCCAGCUCGGCUCAGCCGCGUGGCGGGAGGGAAAGGUCGAGCGAGGAGAACGACGGGCCGUAUGGCCGGAGAGACGGGGGGGGGGG